CUAGGUGACUAGUUUUUUUGGUUGUUGUUGCUGUUAUUGAUCUGACUAGUUUUUAUUUAUUUUUAAGGUCGUGGGCGUCCACCAACUGAGCCAUUACCCGAUGGGUGGAUCAUGACAUUCCAUAACUCUGGCAUUCCAGUCUACCUCCACCGGGAAACCAGAGUUGUCACCUGGUCUAGACCUUACUUCCUUGGAACAGGAAGCAUUAGGAAACAUGACCCACCAACCAGUAGCAUUCCCUGCUUGCAUUAUAAGAAAAUUAAGGAACUAGAAGAAAGGGAACAAAAUGGAGAGGUGACUCCGACUGCAGAGGUGUCUCCAGUGAAAUCUGGUGAGGAGGGCAUCCCAUUGGAGAGAGUCGACGAACCGGACUCUACUGCCACAGAAGAGCCGACCGGCAGACCAGCAUCAGAAGAUCCAGAUCUUGGCCUCAUGGAGCCAGGAGGAUCUUCAGAGGGGAAGGAGAGCCAAGCCAAUGAUAUUGCACAGGGAGCGCUGGGCCAGGUCAGAGCCAAGGUGGAGGUGUGCAAGGAUGAGUCUGUUGAUAUUGAGGAGUUUAGAAGCUACCUAGAGAAGUGCUUUGAUUUUGAGCAAGUGACGGUUAAGAAGUUUCGCACAUGGGCUGAGCGCAGACAGUUCAACAGGGACAUGAAGAGAAAGCAGGCCGAGUCUGAGAGGCCCAUCCUACCAGCCAAUCAGAAGCUCAUCACACUGUCUGUACAAGACGCCCCCACAAAGAAAGAGUUUGUCAUCAACCCCAACGGGAAGUCAGAAGUGUGCAUUUUGCACGAGUAUAUGCAAAGAGUGCUCAAAGUGCGACCAGUUUACAACUUUUUUGAAUGUGAAAACCCAAGUGAACCCUUCGGAGCCUCAGUCAUUAUAGACGGUGUUACAUAUGGCACAGGAACAGCAAGUAGUAAAAAACUCGCCAAGAAUAAAGCUGCUCGAGCAACACUGGAGAUCCUUAUUCCUGACUUUGUGAAGCAGACGUCUGAGGAGAAGCCUAUAGAAGGAGAUGAACUGGAGUAUUUUAAUCAUAUCAAUAUUGAAGAUUCAAGGGUGUAUGAGCUGACCAACAAAGCAGGUUUACUCUCACCAUAUCAGAUCCUUCAUGAGUGCCUUAAGAGAAACCAUGGCAUGGGUGACACCAGCAUCAAGUUUGAGGUGAUUCCAGGAAAGAACCAAAAGAGUGAAUAUGUCAUGACAUGUGGGAAGCACACUGUACGCGGCUGGUGUAAAAAUAAGAGGGUUGGAAAGCAGCUGGCAUCACAGAAGAUUCUUCAGAUGCUUCAUCCUCACGUGAAGAACUGGGGCUCACUGCUGCGCAUGUACGGCAGAGAAAGCAACAAGAUGGUUAAGAAGGAGAACUCUGAUAAGAGCGUGAUUGAGCUUCAGCAGUAUGCCAAAAAGAACAAGCCAAAUCUUCACAUCCUCAACAAACUAAGAGAAGAGAUGAUGAAGCUGGCUCAAGAAAGGGAGGAGGCAAGAAAGAAGCCGAAGAUGACUAUAAUGGAGUCUGCUCAACCUGGCAGUGAACCUCUGUGUACUGUUGACGUCUAGCAAACCCUUUGUCCAGCAUUUUGUGAUAGCAGAUAGCACUGACCAAUGGUAAUGGUUCUAUAACAAAAGGUCAUCAUCGUACCAUUACUGACUUAUGCAUUACUUUG